AUGGAUGCGUUUGUGGACAAACUUACCACGCAACUCAAUCUCGCUGAGGAUGAAAACAGGUCUAUAGUAUUUGAGCGACGUCCUAUUGGAAACAAUAGGCAAGCUCAAUGUCUCUUUUUAGUUGGGAGGCUUCUCAGCCUGAAGAAUUUUAUAGGCACAAUUCUUUAUGAGGACCAUGAAGAAGCUUUGGUCACCAAGAGCCUGUGUAGAGAUCUGCCAGUUGGAGCAAGGGCGACCCCCAUCAAGUUCCUCUCACUACACAACCUUUGUGGAUUAGAGUUAAGGGUGUCCCUCUGGCAGAUAUGGAGAGGAGUACUGGGCAACUCAUUGGGGAUAUUUAUUGAGAUUGAUUCUGGAAGAGGAGGUUGGGAGUCGCCUCCUUUUGAUUAA